AUGACCCGCUUGGUAGCUACCCAGGCUGACACUGAAAACAGUUGCUACCGGGCUCUCUUUCCUUGCCCGUCUCCCUCGGCCUUGUCUGUCGCUUCCGCCUUCUGCGCAACCAUCACAGCCUCGGGCACGACUGCCACCAACUAUCCUACUCGGGCCACCAACGCCUGCGGGACGACGGCUGAUCGGUACAUCUCGGCCUGUCAGUGUGGCCCGACAUGCUCCUACUCAACCCUUGCCACGGCGACUUCCUUAUCGUCCACCACAAAUGCCCCGGCCUGUGAGCCGCCUUCCACAUCGACCACUUUCACGUCAACCACCUCCACAGCGCCACCUGCCUGCGAGUCAACCCCCGUCAACGGCAACCUCCUAUACGGAGACUUUGAGUGCGAUUUCACCCCCUGGAACCCCCUUGUAUUCGCCCCCUUUGCCAGCGUCUAUGGGUACUCAGUCACCACACCUGGCUUCACCAAAGUCAAUUCAUUCCAGACCGAAUUCCUCGGCACUCCCAACUGUCCCACAACUUGUACAUAUUUGCGUCUCACAUCCCCGGUCUUCCCAGUCACUCCGGGUGUCAAAUACAAGUACACCUUUGCCACAUGGUUCGAUGGGAUAUCCAGAGGGUUUGUGGGCACAAAGAUCAAUGACCGCGCCGGUAGGACUGUCAGCGCUCUUGAUUACCCAGUCACAAAUUGGCGAUUCCAUCAGGUUCCUUUCCAAGCCAACGCAACAGAGAAUGAAGCUUCUGUUUUCUUUGAGUGGCUCAAUGUCGAGUCUAGACUUGACAGCGUCACCUUUGCCCCCCUGAGCGCUUACUGUGGGAACACAUCCCCUGUCGGCUUGCUUCGGGAUGGAGAGUUUGAGUGCGGGUUGGGCGCCUGGACGCAGCAGAAGCCUGACCCUCAAGCCACUGCUGGUGUGGUCAACUUGGGUUCUGACAGCUUAUACACCAACAGCUUUCCCAUGGGUGACUACGCUUGGAGAGUGGUGUCACCUGGUGUUCCCAAUCCUGCCAACCAGGAGUUGCAUGUCAGUGCGAGGAUCAUCAGCGGGAGCAUGGCAGUGACACCGGGGAAGAAAUACUUGGUUUAUUUUACGUCUUUUUUCAGCAACCGGACUGUUGGGUCUGUUGGGGUUAUGAUCAACAACUCGCCGAUUUAUACGAGAAACCCCAAUGAUGCUGCGCAGGGAACUCCGGCGGUGUUUUCUCCGAAUCAUAUCAUUUGGACUAACAUGGCUGGGCUGACAAGUGCGAAUGUCAAGAUUGAGGCGUUGGUGUUUGGGGCUGGGACGAUUGCGAUUGAUAGUGUUAUGUUUGUUGAGUUGAAUGAUGGUGUUGUGUAA